UCGAAAUGUGGGUAGAAUUUGUUUUCGUUUGGUCGUUGAAGCAUACAGAUUAAGAAAAAAAAUCAAAAUACCAGAGCACUAGUGGCACAGGAAGAGAAAAAGUGAGCUCUAGUGAACAAACACACUACAAAAUUCGCAUCAAAGUAAUCGAGAAUUAAAAUUUUUUGUAUUAAAUGCGCAUAGUUCGUGUUUGUGCAGGAAAAAGAGAAAAUUGUGUUUGCUUUGAUAAAUCAAAGAGAGCGAAUCGUGUGUGGACGUAUUCAGGUUGAACGUAAAGUGAGCAGAAAAAAAAACGGUGUAGUUGAAACCAGAGAGUGGAGAAGAAGAAAAAAAAAGAAGCACGAUGUCCAUAAACGAGUUAUGUUAUGUGGAUCAGAUGAAAAAGCAGUCGUUAAAAGCACAGGAACUGCUGAAAAAGCAAUCACCACGGUUUGUUCCGCCGUUUUCAAUUCAAAGCUUGCAGAAGAAUACGAAAGUGAUGCCGUACAGUGUGUUCAAUCGAAAUCGAAAAUUAAUAAAAAAACCAAGACGCACUUCAUUUCGUAUGCAUUACGAACGUGGCGAUUUACCAUUACGGCUCGAUUAUUUUCCGGGUGGUGUACGAAUUCUGUGGACACUGGAUCUGAAUAAAUUGAAUUAUCAUUUAUAUUUACCGUUAUUUUUCGAUGGUCUAUCGGAGGCAGAACAUCCGUAUAAAACGUACGCUCGUCAAGGUGUUCGUGACCUAAUUAAUUUCGGUCGCGAUAAAAUCUAUCCCGUUAUACCGCAGCUCAUUGUACCAAUUAAACGGGCGCUUAAUACGAAAAAUAAAGAAGUCAUGUGUGUGACAUUGAAAAUUAUCCAACAAAUGGUCAUGGCAUCGGAUCUCGUUGGCCCCGGCUUAGUGCCCUUUUAUCGUCAACUGCUGCCCAUGUUCAACGCAUACAAAACAUUCGAAGUGACAUGUGACGACAAAGUCGACUAUUCGCAGAAGAAAAGCUGUAAUCUGAGUGUAUUGGUGGAGGAAACGUUGCAGGUACUCGAACGGCAUGGUGGUGACGAUGCGUUUAUAAACAUCAAAUACAUGGUCCCAACGUAUGAAUCAUGCCUUUUAAAUUGAGGCAUCAGACCGGAUCGAAUCGCAUCACAAACGUGUACUUUUGCCGACGAAUUUUCGACAUAGCGAAAUCGAAUAUAUUUGUAUUGAGUUUUAACAUUUUACGUUCCGAUUUUCUUUCAUUUUCCAUACCAUUUCGCACCAAUAUUUAGUCCCCUCAACGAAUCUAGAUAAAAUGUAUUCCACCUAUUUGGCAAUUAUUUAUCGAUGUCGUUUGUAAGCAGCACGUACAAUAAACAACUGGACAAACUGAAAGAGGAUGCGAAAUACUUAUACACGCAAACACGUUUCGCAUCAACCAAAUAUACAAAUUCUAUUAUUAUUAAUAAUGUGUUGAAAAAUAAUUCAAUAAACUGAUUAUA